CCAGGGUCCUGACUAUGCGCGAACCUGGGUGUGUCCGCAUGAGACAGGAAGUUUAGCUAGUUUCUUAGCUGUUGGACGUAGUGAUCACUUUUAGUUCGUAAUUUUCGUUCUCAGGAACACCCAAAAUGCUUGUUAACUUUUUAGAUUGCUAUAUGUCCUGCUGUAGUUAGCUUAGUUAAAAAGCGAGUGCCAUCGUCGCUCUAAGUUGGGGUAGAGCCACACUUAAAGUCGGAAACAGAACGGGAGAGCCGGCUGGCCGAGAUGACCGAGUACAAGCUUGUGGUGGUGGGAGCUGGUGGUGUGGGAAAGAGUGCGCUGACCAUCCAGCUGAUCCAGAACCACUUUGUGGACGAGUAUGACCCCACCAUCGAGGACUCGUACAGGAAGCAGGUGGUGAUCGACGGCGAGACGUGCCUGCUGGACAUCCUGGACACGGCGGGUCAGGAGGAGUACAGCGCCAUGCGGGACCAGUACAUGAGGACUGGCGAGGGCUUCCUCUGCGUCUUCGCCGUCAACAACAGCAAGUCCUUCGCCGACGUGCAUUUAUACAGGGAGCAGAUCAAGCGGGUGAAGGACUCGGACGACGUCCCCAUGGUGCUGGUGGGAAACAAGUGCGACCUGGUCCGCACCGUGGACACCAAGCAGGCCCAGGAGCUGGCGCGGAGCUACGGCAUCGAGUUCGUGGAGACCUCGGCCAAGACCAGACAGGGAGUGGAGGAUGCCUUCUACACACUGGUGCGGGAGAUCCGCCACUACCGCAUGAAGAAGCUGAACAGCAGAGAGGACAGGAAGCAGGGCUGCUUGGGGGUUUCCUGCUCAGUCAUGUGACCCGGUGUGCCUCUGCAGUGCGGCCCCCUUCUGGCCAGUCUGGGUCAGUGCAGAGCCUCUGGACCUGCAGAAGAGGAGAGCUUUGGGGAGGGACUAGCGGAGUCUGCUGUCGUCCAGACGGACAGAGUCCCCCUUCUCCCUCCUCAUCUUCACCCUCCUCGUCCCGGACACGUACCCCAACCUUGUCCCCCUCCUUCCCUCCGAACAUUUGAUGGGACUCCAUACCUGCCUUGGAUCCUGAUGCACAAAGUCUCGAGUGGAGGCUCAUUGUGGAGCCUGCCACCGUCACUGUUGGGAGAGGUGGUCCCCGCCCACCGCCUGUCUCACUUUCCCAUUGGCUCUUUUCUUUUCUGGGGCUUCUGUUGGCACGUCUAGCCCCGCCCCUUUUCAUCACACACGAAUGCAGUGAUUGGCCGCUGUCCCACGUCGCAGCUGUGGCUACAGUCGGGUCCCUCAGCAUUACACUGCAUGUGCACAAGCAAUCACAACACACGCUCAGAUUAGUUUUAACUGUUUUUUUUCCCCUCUUGGAACAUGGCCGCUAAAUCUCAUACACGGUCGUUUGAUAAUGUCAAUGGGUUUUAGGAGGCAUCCUGUGUGAAUGUUCAUGAUUUUUUCAAAUCUUAUUUUACUGUCAGUGUAAUAACUGGGCUGGGCAGCAAGGCAGUUUGUUUAUGUGUGUUUUCUAAUAUUGCUGAAAUACUUUAGUAACCUGGACAUGUUAAAAACGGUGUUUUAAAAUAUUUUUCGCAUCCAUGUGUCAGAGCAGAGAGGCAAUUUUCUAAUGACAGUUAUGACAGGUAGCCAAUGUAAUCUUUUCUGAUCAUGUUUACAUGUGCAGUAAUAUUCUGUUUAAAUAUUCUGGGAACCCAAAUAUGCUUUGACUGUACACCUGUAAUUCAUAAUGCAGUAUUGUUAUUGUGGCUUAUGAAAAGUGUUGUAUUCCAUUAGUAUGCUGACUAAUUGUGGAAUAUCACUAGCGUAAACAUAUUUGGGAUUCUCAAACGACGCUUUUUAUUUCUUUUGUGGAAAGAGUGUACAUCGUGUACAACUUGCGGAUUGGUUUCCCCGACAUUUAACCUCCUUAAGGUAGAUUAAUUUUCAUAGUGGAUUCAUAUUAAUAGAAGAAUAUUAAUUCAGAUAUAAUGCAGCACAACAGCCCAACAGUAAUCUUGAGAGAACUCUUAUCUCAAAGAAUAUUGUCUGUGUGAACAUGGUCAGCGUCUUGCUCUGUCUUUGCACCUCUUGUUGCCAAAAAUGUGAAGGUCAGGGCUCAAGGGGAGUAUUGGGUGUCCCUGUGAACUUCGGGUGCCUUCGGAUGUGUGCGUCCUGGGACCCUGAAAGAUCUGACGUCAUUCGAUCCCUGGAUGGACCCCAAGCAUCGGUGUGUCUUCACCUGGUGUUUUUACCCCAGGAACGCCUACCAAAUAGUUAACCCCAUCCCGAAAUGCGACCAUAUUACUUUGUCCUUUUUUUUUUUUUUUUCUUCUAAUCCUUAAAUUUUUUUUUCCGAACACGGUUUACAACUGCCAAACCGGGAAGGGAGGUGUGGUUGCUCGACUGUGACGCGCGCCCACGCACGUGUCACGCCACAGCGCCGAGCCGGAAUGAUUCACAAAGGGAAUGUAGUCUUAAUCGCUUUACUCCUCUUCCUCUGGAGAGGCCGCUGAAGGUCCUGUUCUUUGUGACUGGUGCCCGUUGGACAGGAGUGGCCUCUGCAGGGCAGCGGUGUCCAAUUGUGUGCAGCCUGCAGGUUUUCAGUCCGGCCAAUCACGACCCAUGCUGAGUUCGUUAGCGAGCACCACUUAAUCAAUCAGAGAGGAGGGUGCUAAUUGGUGAAGUCAGCAGGCGCACAGUGAUUGGCUGGAAUGAAAAAAGCUGCGGACUCUCGGCCCCUCCGUGGCACGUGAUUGGACACCGCUGCUCUCAGUCCUUGGUUGUGCACAUGCACCGCAGAAGCGGGUGAAUUCACAGGUGUGUUUUCUCCGUCGCCUCUUUAUUUGUUGGAGCAGAGAGAUCUUCUCCAGCGGGCAACAGCAGCAGCAGCAGCAGCAGCAGCUUUUUCUUCUGUGUUUCAUGCAUCCAUUUGUCUGUAAUGCAGUUCUACUGUAAUUAUAUAUUUUUAAUCUACUGACGAUUACAGUACAUACUGGGUGGAUUAUGUAAAGGGCUAAACUUCUACCCUUCUUUUUAUUUUGGGAGAGUUUAGUGACCCCUUUAAAUUAAAAAAAAAUUUUUCUGCCUCUGUUGAAAGUAAUUCUGUGAUCACAUUUUGUUGGUGGUCUUUAGUGAUUGGUAACCUGGACAUUUGUAAUGUGCAUACAAUAAUCCAGAAAUAACACUUUUACUAGUAAAUUAAUUUGAAACAAA